UCUGAAAUUACAAAAUAUUAUUAAUGACUAUUUUAUACUCGUUUUUUAUCGAAUAUUUUUCAAAAACUCUUUCACAAAAAAUUGUUCAGUGCAAAAUUUGUUUUAUGCACAAAAUUUGCACAAGGUCGGUAUUUAAACUGAGGUAGGUCAGAUAAAUGUCUGUACAGCUGACGGUCGAUAACUGAUGUGCGGGAACAUAUAGACGUCAACUCAAAGGGAGGGGGUAGAUGCUUUUGUUUAACCUAAAAAAAAUCAGUGUACUUUCUUUAUGACUGGCAAACAAUUUUGCCAAUCAAAGAGCAUUUCUAUGCUCAUUUGAAUGUAUGUAACAAAUGCAUAACCGUGAAAUCAUCGACAUCACGGCCAGAUAUACAAAAUUCUCUAAAGCCUAUUGCAAACAAAAAGUAGAAUAGAAAUCAAAGUCAAAAUGCACCGAGGAGGAAGCGUUAGUCAGACAUUUAACAAUUAUGAUAAACCAACCCUGAAAAGGCACAUAGACAGGGAAGGAAAUGAGUCUUCAAGACGAAAGGAGAGAGAGAAAAUUGGUUUAAGAGGAGUCGAAGGAGUUUGGGGUAAAUCACCGACCAGAGUAGAAGAUACGGACGAUGAAGAAGAAAUUCUCAGCAAAAGAUCAAAAAAGGAGAAUGAUUCUGGAAAUGAUAAGAAAAAGAAAAAGAAGGAAAAGAAGAAGAAAAGCAAGAAACUCAAGAAAGAGAAAAAGAUGAAGAAGGAAAAGAAGAAAAAGAAGAAGAAGAAGAAAUACUCCAGUAGCUCCAGUGAAAGUAGCUCUGACGAAGAGGAGCAAUGGGUUGAAAAGAGUGCUGUAAUUGCUAAACCUAAAGUCAAGAAAGACUCAAAUUCCGAGGAAAGUGGAGAAGAAGGUGUGUUGGGACCAGUUCAGAAACAACAUGUUACACUUUCAGCAAAAGAUUUCGGAAAAGCUCUGCUUCCUGGAGAAGGUGCUGCCAUGGCUGCUUACGUAGCUGAGGGUAAGCGCAUCCCUAGAAGAGGAGAAAUUGGUUUAACAUCAGAUGAGAUUGCGUCGUACGAAUCAGUUGGAUAUGUCAUGAGUGGUAGCAGGCAUCGACGUAUGGAGGCUGUGCGUAUUCGUAAGGAGAACCAGAUUUACUCUGCCGAUGAAAAGAGAGCACUUGCUAUGUUCAGUAAGGAGGAAAGACAGAAGAGAGAGAAUCUUAUACUGGGACAAUUUAGGGAUAUGAUAUCUCAUAAACUAGCUCAAGAGCAAAAUAAAAAAUGAUUAGUGACUGACAAAUGAUAACUAAUUUGUCAUAUUGACAAAACUCUGAACUUGUUAUAACUGUGUAAAUAUGAUGAUAACAAAGUAAACUGUUUUAAUAGUUAAUCUAAAGUUUAAAAAAGUCCACUUUUAAUUUAUUUUUAAAAAAUGUGUAUAUAUGUUAUAAAAAUAUUUUAUAUGUAAAAAUAUUGUUCGUGACUACAAAUAAAUGAGAAUUUUUCAAGAAAA